AUGGAAGACUUGGAAAAAAUAAAAAAAGUAUAUGGCAUAAGUGAAGAAUGUAAUGAACCUGGCACAAGAAGUUAUUGGUAUCAACCUUUUACUUAUAUUACCAGAGGAGGCUUCGGUAAAAUUAAUUUAGCUGAAUGGUCUGAAGGAUUUAUUAGUUAUUGGAAUAAUGAAAAUCAAAAAUGGUACAGAUUUACAGGACAAAAUUUGCAUUCAAAAGUUUGGAUAAUUCUUUAG